GAAGCUUCGGAUUCACUCCACAGUAUUCAGAUUCAAAGCAAACAAGGAACUAGAAGAGCGCUCGGCAGCUUCAUGGAUACACUCAUUUUAUCUUGAUCUGAUUUCAUGAAACAUAACUCUACGCGCAAGACAAGCACUCUGUGUCUCACCGCUCCCCGUCACGACAUUGCUCCGUCAUGAAAACAAUGGCAGACAACUCGGAAAUGACGGAUUUUGAGUACAUCAGCAAGAACUUUGACCGUUUACUGGGCAAACCGGGUGUCAAGGCAAUUCUAGUCCUUGACCGCGAGACGGGCAAUGUGUUGAAGACAGGCGGAAACACGGAUUUAUUCCGCAAGGAGAGCUCCGAAUCUUCAAAGCCAUCGAUUUCCAAUGAUGCACCAAGCGACGGAGCGGCCGAACCUUCAACUGCUGAUGGGGAGGGCGUGGUCGAGCUUGCAACCCUUGUUUGGAACUAUGUCGACGUAACAGAACAGUUCGUGCAAGACCUGAAUAAGGAGGAUACAGCUCGACUGCAAAGGCUGCGUACCGCCACUCAAGAACUUGUCAUCAUCACGGACCCCAAGUUCAUACUGGCUGUCGCUCAUGACAAGCCAAAUAGCGGCUGAACAAUGAGGAAGCGGGCGAGGAGGGCUGGCUGGUUAGCAUCCGGCAGUCUGAACAUGAAUACGGUUCAUUCAAACAUGGCAGCAGGAGUUGAGGUUAUUGGCGUUUACUGAAAACUUGAAAUGAUACCCCGAGAUUACCCUCCCAUGAGGCGGCUGAUAAUACGUUAAAACUCCCACCGCGGUGACGAA